UUCCAAUCAUCAACGCAUCUGAAAGAUCCUCCGUCUUUGCUCCCACGUUUUGACAUCAUCCCCGAAAGACCCUGUACAUCUUACGACACUCGGACUCGACAAUUUCUGCCAGAGUACGUGCUGCCUGUUUUGAGGAUACUCACCCUCACACCACCCACGUCAACUUGUGUACUGUACACUAUCCACCUGACAUUCACUCCUCGGGUAACACUAGCAUUGAGCAGAAGCUCUCGGCGAAAAGCAUCGAGCUUGAAACAACAGCUCCAACGACUGACAUCUCCAAGAAACACCAUUACCAUCACUCCCACCGCCAGCAUCAUGUUCAAGCACAACCUGCUGAGGCAAGUCUCGAGAGCCUCCACAACCGCCGCCCGACCACCCACAUCUGCCUUCCUCUCCCGCACAGCCACUCGUGGCAUUCGCGUGACCCCCAACGUCCGCGAGGAAGAGAAGGACAAGCAUGACGAAUACAGUACAGCAGGCAAGCCCGGUGCCUUCAAGCACGAGGGUGAGUUCUCACGAACAGACAAGACCAUCGUGGUAGAGUACCCAGAGGAGGGCGAUCUGCCCAGCUCCAAGCCAGUGCAAGGCCGCGGUGGCUUCCACUUCAAGCGAACGCUGGCGAGCUUCACCUUGGAGGACAGAGUCGGUGUCGUGACGGGUGGUGCUCGAGGUCUCGGUCUCGUCAUGAGCCAGGCACUCCUGCUUAGCGGCUGCCGUGUGGCGAUUGUUGAUCUCAACAAGGAGGAAGGUGAGAAGCAAGCACAGCUUUUGAUGGAAACCUUCAAGAAGGAGAACCCAGGAGCGACCAACGUUCCAGAGGUCACCGCCCACUACUGCGAUGUCUCCUCUCCACAAUCCGUCGACGCUGCCAUGGAGGAGAUUCUCGCAUCGCACGGCAAGGUCGACCACCUGGUCACCUCAGCGGGCUUCACCGAGAACUUCGACGCCAUCGAAUACCCACACGACCGCCUGCAGAAGCUCUGGGGUGUCAACGUUGACGGCACUUACAUCUGGGCUUGCACUGUCGCCAAGCACCUGAUGGCACGAAAGGCGCCUGGAAGUGUCGUCAUGAUCGGUAGCAUGAGUGGUGCCAUUGUCAACGUGCCACAGCCACAAGCUCCGUACAACGCUGCAAAGGCUGCAGUCAGACACUUGGCCAGCUCGUUUGCGGUCGAGUGGGCCCAUGCAGGUAUCCGCGUGAACUGCAUCUCGCCAGGAUACAUGCUCACUGCACUAACCAAGAAAAUCCUCGACGACAACCCAGAGCUCGCCCAGAAGUGGACCAGCUUGAUCCCCCAGGGUAAGAUGGGCCGACCAGAGGACCUCAUGGGAGCAGUCACCUUCCUCCUCAGUGACGCCGCUGGAUACGUCACCGGAGCCGAUCUCCGUGUCGACGGUGGUUACACCGUCACUUAA